AGUUUGACUUUUUUGUUUUAGGCACCUUUCUUGGAUGUCCUCAACACCAUGAUGGAUACUACACUGCCUCUGACAGUAGAAGAAUUAGAAGAAUGGGGGAAUCCUUCUUCUGAUGAAAAACACAAGAACUACAUAAAACGUUACUGUCCCUAUCAAAAUAUUAAACCUCAGCAUUAUCCUUCGAUUCACAUCACAGCUUAUGAAAAUGAUGAACGUGUACCUCUAAAAGGAAUUGUGAACUAUACUGACAAACUCAAGGAAGCCGUCGCGGAACAUGCUAAGGAUGCUGGUGAAGGCUAUCAGGCCCCCAAUAUUGUUUUAGAUGUUCAGCCUGGAGGCAAUCAUGUAAUUGAGGAUUCUCACAAAAAGAUUACAGCCCAAAUUAAAUUCCUGUAUGAGGAACUUGGACUUGACAGCACCAGUGUUUUCGAGAAUCUUAAGAAAUAUUUAAAAUUCUGAAAUGCUGCAUUCAAGAGGAAUUAGAAAUACACCGAAAUAUUUCAGUUUUUUGUCCAGUUGAGUUAGCAAAAGUGAGAUUUUUUUUGAGGUCGGUAAAUAAUUUUUUAAAAUCUGCUUCUCUAUUCAUCCAUCUAGAGUUUGUGUGGAGUGGGUCUCACCUGCUUAUACUGUUCUCUGCUUUGAUGCAUAUGUCCCUGAACAUUUCAAAUCAUGCUCCUUGGGAGGAUGUGGAGUAGGGGGUGAGGAGGAUGUGGAAAAGGAUUGGUGACAGCUGACUCGCCCCCUACCCCAUUGUU